UUUCACAGUCUCACUUUCACUCUCUCUGAUUUCAUUUCUUAGUUUUCUCUUUUCCUUCCUUCUUUAUUCUUUCUCCUUUGAAACCCUCUCUUCCUGGAGAUCGGUUUUUCACAGCGACGAGGCACUGUAAUUGACUGCAAAAGUAAUGGAAGAUAAUCCUCCCUCAAGUCUUUUAGAUGGGGUGGUUAUUGGAGUCAAAUUUGGUAUGGCUACACGCAAGGAAAUUUGUACAGCAUCGAUCAGUGACUCUUCAAUUAGUCAUGCUAGUCAGCUGUCAAAUCCCUUCCUUGGUCUACCCCUUGAAUUUGGCAGAUGUGAAUCUUGUGGUACUUCUGAAGCAGGAAAAUGUGAAGGCCACUUUGGAUAUAUUGAGCUACCAACUCCAAUAUAUCAUCCUAGUCAUAUUAGUGAGUUGAAACGGAUGCUGAGCCUUGUCUGUUUAAACUGCUUGAAAAUGAGGAAAAGCAAGCCUUCAGCAUCAGGCAGUGGCUUUGUGCAGAGAUUAGUAUCUCCUUGUUGUGAGGUUAAUGCUGCUGAAGUUUCUAUAAGGGAUGUUAAAACAAGUGAUGGGGCUUGUUAUCUAGCACUCAAGGUAUCCAAAUCCAAGAUGCAUCCUGAUUUUUGGGGUUUUUUAGAAAAAUAUGGCUAUCGCUAUGAGGGUGAUCAUACUCGAGCCUUACUUCCUUGUGAGGUAAUGGAAAUUAUUAAGAGAAUCCCAUUAGAAACCAAAAGAAAGCUUGCUGGAAAAGGGUAUUUUCCUCAAGAUGGAUAUCUUUUGAAGUAUCUUCCAGUGCCACCUAAUUGCUUGUCAGUACCAGAAGUUUCAGAUGGCGUUAGUGUCAUGGCUUCGGAUCCUUCCAUUACAAUUCUCAGAAAAUUGCUCAGGAAGGUUGAAAUCAUCAAAAGUUCUAGAUCUGGAGAACCAAAUUUUGAGUCUCAUCACGUGGAAGCAAAUGAUUUGCAGUCAGUUGUUGAUCAGUAUUUUCAAAUUAGGGGCACUUCUAAGGCAGCACGUGCUAUUGAAACACGUUUUGGGGUUAAUAAAGAGCUUAAUGAAUCAUCAACGAAAGCAUGGCUAGAGAAAAUGCGGACUUUAUUUAUAAGAAAAGGUUCAGGUUUUUCCUCCCGGAAUGUGAUAACUGGAGAUUGUUAUAGAAGGAUAAAUGAAGUAGGGAUUCCGGUUGAAGUUGCCCAACGAGUAACAUUUGAGGAGAGAGUUAACAUCCAUAACAUAGGUUAUUUGCAGAAAUUAGUUGAUGAAAAUCUGUGCCUUACUUACAAGGAGGGUAUGUCAACUUUUUCACUCAGGGAUGGCUCAAAGGGUCACAUACAUUUGAAGCCUGGUCAGAUAGUACAGCGGAGGAUUAUGGAUGGGGAUAUCGUCUUCAUUAACAGGCCACCUACAACACACAAACACUCUUUACAGGCACUUUUUGUUUACAUCCAUGAUGACCACACUGUGAAAAUAAAUCCUUUAAUUUGUGGACCACUUGGGGCUGAUUUUGAUGGUGAUUGUGUCCAUCUGUUUUAUCCACAGUCACUAGCUGCCAAAGCAGAAGUUGUGGAGUUAUUUUCUGUCGAGAAUCAACUGCUCAGCUCUCACAGUGGCAAUUUGAAUUUACAGUUAACCACAGAUUCGUUGUUGUCACUGAAGAUGUUGGUCAAGAGAUGUUUUUUUGAUAGAGUGGCAGCUAAUCAAUUGGCUAUGUUUCUUGUACCUUUGCCUCAAGCUGGUUUGAUGAAGGCCAAUUCUGGUAAUUCUUAUUGGACUUCCAUCCAAAUGUUACAGUGUGCUCUCCCUUUGUGUUUUGAUUGCUCUGGGGGACGGUAUUUGAUUAGGCAGAGUGAAAUCUUAGAAUUCGAUUUUAAUAGGGAUGUUUUGCCUGCAACAGUAAAUGAAAUAGCAGCCUCAAUUUUCUUUAGCAAGGGUCCAAAGGAGGCACUAAAGUUCUUUGAUGUGUUGCAGCCUUUUUUGAUGGAAAGUAUAUUUGCUGAUGGGUUUAGUGUUAGCCUGCAAGAUUUUUCCAUAUCCAGGGCAAUUAAAAGAAUUAUAAGCAGAAGCAUAGGAAAACUUUCUUCUCUCUUGUAUCAGCUGAGGUCUGUUUACAACGAGCUGGUGGCGCAACAAUUGGAGAAGCUUAUUCGUGAUAUUGAACUUCCUGUUAUUAAUUUUGCUCUAAAGUCAACCAAACUAGGAGAUUUAAUUGAUUCAAAGAGUAAAUCUGCAAUUGAUAAGGUUGUUCAGCAGAUUGGUUUCUUAGGGCAGCAACUUUUUGAUAGGGGAAAAUUCUAUUCAAAAGGAUUGGUGGAAGAUGUAACAUCUCAUUUUCACGUGAAGUGUUGUUAUGAUGGGGAUGGUUAUCCCUCUGCUGAGUAUGGGUUGCUCAAAGGGUCUUUUUUCAAUGGUUUGGAUCCAUAUGAAGAGAUGGUGCAUUCAAUUUCAACAAGGGAAAUAAUGGUGCGUUCUUCAAGGGGAUUAUCUGAACCAGGAACACUCUUCAAGAAUUUGAUGGCCAUUCUUCGGGAUGUUGUUAUCUGUUAUGAUGGAACUGUUAGAAAUAUUUGCAGUAAUUCCAUUAUCCAGUUUGAAUAUGGAUUAGAGAAAACUGAGCACCUAUUCCCUGCUGGUGAGCCUGUAGGCGUCUUAGCAGCAACUGCUAUGUCAAAUCCUGCUUACAAAGCUGUCCUUGAUGCUAGUCCCAGUAGCAAUUCCUCAUGGGAGUUGAUGAAGGAAAUACUACAAUGCAAGGUCAAUUUUAAGAAUGAACCUGUUGAUCGGCGUGUUAUUUUGUACCUGAACGACUGUGAUUGUGGAGGGAGUUAUUGUCGUGAAAAUGCGGCAUAUAAAGUUAAAGAUCAAUUGAGAAAAGUCAAUCUUAAGGAUGCAUCAGUGGAGUUUAUUAUUGAAUACCAAGAACAGCGGAUGCGAAAGGGAAAUUCUGAAACCGAUGCUGGACUUGUUGGUCAUAUUUAUCUGGACGAGAUGAUGUUAGAAGAGCUGAAGAUCAGCAUGGCGAACAUUUUUCAGAAAUGCUCGGAUAGACUAAAAUCCUUUAGUCGGAGAAAGAAAGCUAAUGAAUUUCUGAAUAAGACCGAAUUGUCGUUUAGUGAGUCUUGCUCGGCUUCACAUUCUGCUGCCCCGUGUUUAACAUUCAUUUGGGUUGAUGAUCGUAAUAAUGAAUUUGAUCGAAUUGUAAAGAUCCUAUCGGAAGAAAUCUGCCCUGUGCUGUUAGAUACAAUAAUCCAAGGAGACCCACGCAUUAGCUCUGCUAGUAUAAUUUGGGUUAGUCCGGAUACAAACACAUGGGUUCGAAACCCUUAUAAAUCUUCUAAUGGUGAACUGGCACUGGAUAUUAUUCUUGAGAAGGAUGUAGUCAAGCAGAGUGGUGAUGCUUGGAGGAUUGUACUUGAUUCCUGCCUUCCUGUUCUUCAUUUGAUUGAUACCAGGCGUUCAAUCCCAUACGCUAUUAAGCAGAUUCAAGAAUUGUUGGGGAUAUCUUGCACUUUUGAUCAAGCGAUUCAGCGUGUUGCGGCAUCUGUGAAAAUGGUGGCAAAAGGUGUUCUUAGAGAGCAUCUAAUUUUGUUAGCUAGUAGUAUGACAUGUGGUGGGAACCUGGUUGGCUUUAACACAGGGGGAUAUAAAGCCCUCUGUCGACAACUAAAUAUUCAAGUACCAUUCACAGAUGCAACACUCUUUACACCUAAAAAAUGUUUUGAGCGAGCUGCUGCGAAAUGUCAUACUGACUCUCUGUCAAGCGUAGUUGCAUCCUGUUCCUGGGGUAAACAUGUGGCAGUUGGUACAGGAUCAAAAUUUGAUGUUGUUUGGGAUGCAAAUAAGAUAAGAUCAAGUGAAAUUAAAGGAAUGGAUGUUUACAGUUUUCUUCACAUGGUUGGAGGUCAUACUGAUGGGGAAGAAGAAACUGAUGCUUGUUUGGGUGAAGAUAUUGAUGAUUUGCUGGAAGAAGAAAAUUUGGAUUUGGAAAUGUCCUCACCACAUAACUCUGGUUUUAAGGCUGUCUUCGAAGACAAUCCUGAAGUACUCAAUGAUUCAACAUCCAAUGGUUGGGAUGUAAAUUUAGAUCAGAAUGAAUCAAAAUCAAAUGGUUGGGGUGCAAACAUAACAGGUCAGGCAAACACAAAUUCUAAUGAAUGGUCUGGCUGGGGAAACAAUAAUUCUGAAAUACCAGCCGGUGGAACCGAAAAUAUGCAAGGCUCUUGGGGCUCUGGUAGGAGGAAAGAUGUAACCCAAGAAGACAAUUUUGCAUCAGGUGCUUGGGGUGCAAACAAAACAAAUCAUACAGAAACAAAAUCUAAUGACUGGGGAAGGAAUAAUAAGUCUGAAACACUUGCUAGUGGAUCUGAAAAAGAUUCUUGGGGCUCAAGUAAAUUGAAAGAUGAUGUACCAAAAAACAAUAUUGGUUCUAGUGCUUGGGAUGCAGGAAGCACAGGUCAGGCAAAAGCAAAAUCUAAUGAAUGGUCUGGAUGGGGAAAUAAUCAGUCUGAAAUAACAGCUGGUGGAUCAGAAAAUGUGCGAGAUUCCUGGGGCUCUGACAAGGGGAAAGAUGAUGUUACCCAAGUAGACAACUCCGCAUAUGGUUCUUGGGGUGGAAACAGAAGAGAUCAGACAAAAGCAAAAUCUAAUGAAUGGUCAGGCUGGGGAAGGAAUCAAUCAGAAAUGCAACCUGGAGGAUUUAAAAAUGUAAGAGAAGAUUCUUGGGGCUCAGGUAAAUUGAAAGAUGAUACCCAAAAUGACAAUUCUGAGUCUGGUGCCUGGGGUGCAAGCAGCAAAGGCCAGAUAGAAUCAAAAUCUAAUGAAUGGUCAGGCUGGGGGAAGAAUAAGUCUGAAAAAGCUGGUGAAUUUGAAAAUGUGCAGGAUUCUUGGGGCUCUGGUAAGAGGAAAGAUGUUACCCAAGUAGACAACUCUGUGUCUGGUUCUUGGGGUGGAAGCAGAGGAGAUCAAACUAACACAAAAUCUAAUGAAUUGUCUGGCUGGGGAAGGAAUAAAUCGGUAAUACCAGCUAGCGGAACUGAAAAUGCACAAGAUUCUUGGGGCUCAAGUAUAUUGAAAGAUGAUGUUACCCAAAACGAUAAUUCCACCUCUGGUUCUUGGGGUGCAAACAAAACAGGUUCGUCAAAAACUGAAGUAGAUGAGUGGGCUAGAAAUAAAGUUGAGGCAAUAGAUGGUGGGUCAGAAAAGCCCCAAGAAGAUUCUUGGAACUCAGGUAAUUGGAAAGCUGACUCAAAAGUUGGCAAUAACUCUUGGGGACAAGCCAAAUCCUCUGGAAGUCAAUCAUGGGAUUCCCAAAAUCAGUCAAAUCAAAAUUCAACUUCACGGGGAUGGGAAUCACAUAUUGCUUCAGCUAAUUCAGAUAGUGAGAAAGGUUUUCAGUGGGGUAAGCAAGGUAGAGAAUCUUUCAAGAAAAAUCGCUUUGAAGGUUCACAAGGUCGGGGUCCAAAUGGUGGCGACUGGAAAAAUAGGAAUCGCCCACCUAGACCACCUGGACAGAGAUUGGACUUAUAUUCAUCUGAGGAGCAGGAUGUGCUGAAGGAGAUCGAACCUAUUAUGCAGUCUAUCAGACGAAUCAUGCAACAACAGGGGUACAACGAUGGGGACCCGCUGGCUGCUGAAGAUCAACAAUUUAUACUUGAGAAUGUCUUUGAGCACCAUCCAGAUAAAGAAACCAAAAUGGGUGCUGGAAUUGAUUAUGUCAUGGUUAACAGACACAGCAGUUUUCAGGAUAGCAGAUGCUUUUUCGUGGUUUUGAAAGAUGGUCGAAGAGAAGAUUUUUCCUACCGUAAAUGCUUGGAUAACCGGAUAAGAAAGAAGUAUCCAGCUGACCUUGCAGAAGCAUUCGUCAAUAAAUAUUUUCGAGUUUUCCGUAAUAGGGGGGACCAAACUGCAAACCCAAGGGGGGACCAGACUAGAAUGCCAGUGCAGGACGAAGCUUCUACACCGGCUGACCAGACCUCAACACCCGGCCCUGUGGAAACGAAUGAGUAGAUUACAGACUUUUUGUUCAUAAAUUGUACAGAAGCGGCGUAGUUAAGGCCACUGAAUAGUUUUUGCAUAGAUGGCCAAUUUUCCUAUCGGAAAUUUAUCCUCUUUUCGGUGACAGGUGACAGUUGGAUGGUAAUUUUUGUAACCUGGGAAUCAUGCAUCUUUGUGCACAUGUUAAUAUUCUUACUGAUUACAGCACAUGGUGUAAUGAUUUUUGAACCUUUAACCAUUGACUGGACCAUCGAUAUCAAAAUGACAUGCUUCUUAUUAGAGUUUCA